ACUGGCCACUUUGAAACUUACUUGCAAUAGUUGACACAGCAGCAUAUCUGUGUUGAUCUGGUUAUUGAUUUUUUGCAACAUUUUUCAAAACAUUCUAACUUAUUAUCAUUUCCCGAAUUGUUUUCAGAAAGUCGCGUGCAGUGUUUAUUCUUGCAAUGGCGUAUGUUUACAUGAAGAGCAGUGCUCAAAAAGAGCCGCGCAAUCCGAAAUGUGCAAGAUGCAGAAACCACGGUUUUGUGGUACCACUGAAAGGGCAUUCGGGGAAAUGCCAAUUUUUUUCGUGCCAAUGCUGGAAAUGCUCUCUCAUAACAGAGAGGACAAAAAUAAUGGCCACUCAGCGUCGACUCAAGAAAAGCUAUCGAGAAGAGAUUGCGAAGAAUAGAGGUUCGGCGGUUUUAGCGCCUCAGGCUAAUGCUACCUCAGCCCAGGAGAGAGAAGCUAGUGUUGUCGAACACAUGCCGGACGCCUUCGGUUCUGGCCCGGGCAAGGAGGUUACUGUAUCAUUGGGCCCGGGCGAUGCUUGCAUGCCAGCAGGUGGAGCAGAAGCUGAUGGCAAAACUUACAUGGAAUUCGAAGUGGUCCCAGGUGCUGCUGCAGAAGACCACCUCAGCAUGCCAUCUACUGGUGAAACAGUCGUCGAGGAACCAGUGGAAAGACGAUCUGCUGGUCCUCCACAUUAUGGAAUACGAGAAGAGACCCCAAUGGAUAGAAGCUCUGGUGGUCAGAUGCAACCCGAGAUGAUGCACCAUGUGUACAGCAUGGGAGAGAGGAUGGGUUUCCCUCUUGUGUAUUCAUAUCCGGGCGGAUACGCCUGCCCUGCCAUUCUCGUCAACCUGCAGCCGCCACAGGUGCCAUUCAAAGACCCAUUCUUCCCUCAUCCUCAGCCUGGAGGCUUCGUCUAUACAGCAGAUCAUAUCUCUCCUCAGGGUGGUUGUAUGCCAUUAUUCCCUCCUUACGCCAUGCCGUGUCCAGGUUUCAGAGAGGAGGCUCCUCUGAGACGUCAUCUGUACCCCGCACAGCAACAACAGGGAAGAGAGUUUAGAAGGGCCGAGUUCGAUUCAGAUAAACUGCAAGGCAGCCAGGGCACUGACGUCUUACCGGUGGAUGGCUCUUCCCAGGAGACAGUAUGAUACCAGGACAUAGAUUCACCCAACACCAGAUCACUGACAUUUCUUUGAUUCUUGACAUCUCAUGAUGGCAUUUCACUUUAAUGAAUUAACAGCUCCAAGUGAAAAUAUUGUCACCUGCAAAUUAUGAAAUGAAAUUGGCUACAUAUUUGACCAGACAAUCAAUGGUCUGAGACAAACACUGAAUAAAGCAAAGAAACCAUUAAAAAUC